UAUUUUAUAGAUUACAGUAUGGAUAAUAUCAUCGAUAAAAGCGCAAAUGACCAAAUGGAAUACUCUGAAGAUUCCGGCAUGACUGACCAAAUUCAAAAUAUUUUCAGUAAGAUAGAAGAAGAAAUGCAGCUGUUGAAAUAAAGAAGUAAUUGAAGAAGUCGCACAAAAUACUCUUCCUUCAGAUUUAGACUCGAAACACAAAAGUGCUAAGGGAAUGUCCCUUAAAGAUGCAGCUAGUUCGCUAAAAAUCACAUUUGAUAUAACUCCUAUCAGGGAGGCUUUCUAUGAAUCUAUUACUCUAAAGAGGAAGGGAUUAGAGAUUAUCCAAUCAAAGAACUCUGAUCCAUUAAAGUUUACUGAGAGGGCUCCUCCAAGAUUGGUCUAUUUUAAUAAGAACACCCUUGAAUUUGAUAUUUAUAACUUGAAAACUCAAAAAGUAGAUACUAUAGAGUUUCCAAAAACUGAAGUUGAUAUCUCUCAAUUCUCAUUCAUUGACAUCAAUGGAAAAAUCUUCAUCACUGGAGGAGAGAUAAGGUCUAGCUCUGAAGGUUACCUCUGAUACUCCAAGCAUGCAUUCUCACUGACAGAAAAUGGACAUCGAGAGCUAACCCCCAUGAACAACGGAAGAUGAGGACAUCGCUUGAACCUUGUUUCCCUUGAGUUGGAAGGGACUAGUUACAAAGAAGUAAUGAUAAUCGCCACUGGUUCAAAAUUCCCUGAAGAAAAUUUCAAAAGUACAGAGAUUUACAAACCUCUUGAUAACAAAUGGAGUGUCGGUCCUUCCAUGAUCACUCCUAGGUUUGAUCAUACUAGCGUGACUGUUUCUGACACUAUUCUCUACGUAAUUGGCGGCAGAGAUUCAUUUAAUGACAAAUAAAUAGCUUGAGUUCUAUAGAAAGACUAGACUUUACUUUCCCAGAUCCUGAAUGGGAAGAAUUAAAGCUUUCUUCUCCAGAUGAGCUAUGGACUCCUAGGGAUACCCUAGGAUCCUUCGCUAUUGAUGACAAAGAAAUCAUCAUAUUCGGAGGCCAGCAAGGUUGGCAAUCUGAAUGCUUCAGUCUCGAUAUCAGCAAACAAGAGAUUAGGAGGCAUGAACAGUACCUAAAGAAAUCAGAGGAAUUCUUUAACACCCAUCCAGUCGAGUUCAACACCAAAGUCUACAUAGUAGGUGGUUGAGACAAGGACAUUCAUGUCUUUGCCUCUAAGGGAGGGGAGACUCUCUGCCCUAGAAGUACAGCCCACAAAUGGUUCCUAAUAGAGAAAGGGUUUAUUGGGUGGUAACCCAAAUGUUGGCUUACUCAAAA